AUGGAGGACUCACUGGCCUACGCUUCGUCGGCACCGGCACAAGGCUUCGAUUCUUCCGGCAGUCACUCUCAAUACGAAGGUUCUUCGCAGGCCUCGGCUUACCAACGUUCUUUCGAAAAUUCUGGUGCGUUCAGCGUGAUGCCACCUGCUCCGUCCUCGUCCUGGGAAAACCUAGCCUCCCAAAACUCCCUUCCGCCGCCUCCGCCGCUUCCCCCUUCGGAGGUCCCGGGUCAGCAAUACCUUCCUCCGGAAACCCUAGAUCAACAUCACAAUAAGCAGCCUCCGUCGGAUACCGCCGCUUCGCAGAAGCAUCUGGAUCGCGAUUAUAUGGAGUCUUACGCUCGAAACCGCGAUGCUCACAAGCGGGAGAGCGUGGAGAGGCAGUUGAUAUCCGAAAGCGGCCUCGUUGGUACUCACAGUGGUACAGACAGAGAGUGCUCUGGUGGGGAAGAAGAGACCAGCAGCCGACGGCGCCGGCGGAGCCGUUGGGAUCCACCAUCGGAAGCUGAUCAGAACGGCGAUGGGUCUGGCGCUGGCAGUCGGAAGAGGAAGUCGAGGUGGUCUGAAGAGGAGCCGAGGUCCUUUCAGCUACCGGAUUUUAUGAAGGAUUUCACUGCCGAUCUUGAUCCCGAAGUCCAAGCCCUCAACAUCAGGCUUCUGGAGAUUAGCCGCCUCCUCCAGUCAGGCCUACCGUUGGAUGAUCGCCCUGAGGGAGCACGUUCUCCAUCGCCUGAACCCAUCUACGACAACAUGGGUAUUCGUAUAAACACAAGAGAGUAUCGGGCGCGUGAGUACCUCAACAAGGAGCGUCAGGAGAUUAUAUCACAGCUUAUAAAGAAGAAUCCAGCGUUCAGACCUCCAGCGGAUUACCGUCCACCCAAGCUUCAGAAAAAGCUCUACAUCCCCAUGAAGGAGUACCCUGGGUACAACUUCAUUGGACUUAUCAUUGGGCCUAGAGGCAACACUCAGAAAAGAAUGGAGAAAGAAACAGGUGCCAAGAUAGUAAUCAGGGGGAAAGGCUCGGUAAAAGAAGGCAGAUUGCAGCAGAAGAGGGAUCUGAAGCCAGAUCCUUCCGAGAAUGAGGAUUUACACGUAUUGGUUGAAGCUGAAACACAGGAAUCUCUUGAUUCUGCGGCGGCCAUGAUUGAGAAGCUUCUAACACCUGUUGAUGAAGUGUUAAAUGAGCACAAGAGGCAGCAGCUGAGGGAACUUGCGGCCCUUAACGGAACCAUAAGAGAUGAGGAAUUUUGCAGGUUGUGUGGUGAGCCUGGACACCGGCAGUAUGCAUGUCCUGCUCGAACUUCUACAUUUAAGAGUGAUGUGCUGUGUAAGAUUUGUGGAGAUGGAGGACAUCCUACUAUUGACUGCCCCAUGAAAGGUUCAGGGAAGAAACUGGAUGAUGAAUAUCAGAAUUUCUUAGCUGAGUUGGGUGGUGCUGCCCCUGACUCAUUGUCAAAGUCAAGCGCGUCAUUGGCGAUUGCAGGUCCUCCUGGCAGCAAUCCUCCUUGGGCAAACAACACUAGUACUGGUAGUGCUUCUACUCAGGCAGGAUUAACCAAUGGGGUUAAAAAGGACUAUGAUGAAACAAAUUUGUAUAUUGGAUAUCUACCUCCGACUUUUGACGAUGAUGCGCUCAUAAGAUUGUUUUCUCCCUUUGGUAGUAUUGUCACAGCAAAGGUGAUUAAAGAUCGGAUGAGUGGGCUAAGCAAGGGUUAUGGCUUUGUGAAGUAUUCAGAUGUUGCUCAGGCCAACCAGGCUAUAGCUAGCAUGAAUGGAUAUCACUUGGAAGGGCGAGUUAUAGCAGUUCGAGUAGCUGGAAAACCACCUCAACCUGCUGUUCCCCCGGGCCCCCCUGCUCCACCACCUCCUGCUUAUCCUCCUCCAGAUGCAUCUUCUGGGGGUUAUCCAUCUCAACAAUAUGCAUCAGGUGGACCUCUGGCAAAUCCACCCCCACCUCCCCCCCCAGGAAGUUACAUGAGUGCACCAACUCCAUGGGGCCCACCACUUCCUCCACAUUAUGGAUAUAUCCCACCACCCCCUGGGUCAAGCAUGUACAACACUUAUGGCAUGCCUCUCCCUACCUCACAUCAAACCGUACCUCCUCCGGGUGCUCCAUCUAGUGAAGCGAUGCAGAACUUUCCCCCUGGAGUACAAUCCCAGAGCCCAUUGCCUGGACCACCUGCACCAAACACCAUGUAUCCAAACCUCCAGCCUGCAUACCAACCCCCGUCUUUUGUCUACCAAUCCAAUUACGGUGCCGUUCCGCCAGUGCCUCCUCCGAACACAGACCCCUCACAAGGUGUCGGUAGUGUACCGUGGGCAUCUAAUCCUCUAGCCUCCCAACCUGCGUCAACUUCAUCUGCAGACCAGGCUGCUACCUAUGGUGGGGACUCGGAGUAUGAGAAGUUUAUGGCCGAAAUGAAGUGA